AGAGGUCACAAGCCUCUCCUGGCUUGCCCAAAGCGGCAAUGCUGGGGGAUACCAGCCGGGUGGUUAGGGUUUUUGGAUGUGCGCCGCAUUCGCCUGUCCAUGUUUGGUCCUGAUAUCAAAUACCUGAGAAUGGGGAUAACUAACCUGGAAACCGUUGGAAGGGAGGGGCUCCUUAGCCUGGGAUCGUCAACCAACAACAGGUAGUAUCUAUCUAAAAAAAAAAACGGCUGUUUGUCAGAAGAGGCGAGCAGGGAAAAUGGCCCCCAUCACAGCACCACGGCCACGGCUCGUGAAACUGAGCCCUUUGCUAAUUUCGCUCUAUAAUACGAAAGCCUCUUUUGGGCCAAGAGCACCUGGCAUCGAUCUCAUCGUUCCCUUCUGUCGGGACACGCCUCCUGCUCUCCACCCGGGACCCUCGUUGUCUCGCUUCGUUUUAGGUAGUAUGUUAGCAGUAACAUUGACUCUUGUGAUGCGCAGCCUAGCCGCCUUUUGCGGGCGCACAGAGAAACCUGUUUAUAGGGAGCAGAUCCGCGGGGGACGGAAAGUAUAUGUAGAUACAUUAGUGUGUGCCAUGGUAUGUGAUAUAGAUAAACAAAAAACCGGGCUUCUUAGCGACCCUUAAGCGAUGGUUCAUGCCAUAAACUAGAUGCGACCUGGGGGCGUGAGGUGAGGGUCGCAUUGAU